AUGGAGCGAGGCCAUGAGAAGCGUCAUACCAAACAUAAGGAGAAGCACAAGAAACAUUCGCACAAGAAGCACAGAAGCAGCUCUGGUGGUACUCAUGAUCAAUCUUAUGCUACGAGUAACUCAGUUAAGCCCUUAGUGGAGUAUUCAGAUGUAAGCUCUGAAGACUUAUCAGCCCCGGAGGCUGGUGAGAUUGAGAGCGAGGCUAGCUCUAUUGGCAGGCACAUAGCUGAUGAUCUAGAUCGAACUAGAAAAUCACACUCUGUGCGCACAUUUCUUGAUAACAAGAUAUCAGUAACAACAACCAGUCGUCGGGAUGAAUACCCACCUGUUCGUGAAUCUUCAGCUGUGAGGACUAAACUUGACUUGGAGUAUGAAAAUGUUGAUUAUGAUAGAUACAAAAAGAAAGGUAAAAAGAAAAAAGACAAGAAGAAGAAAAAGAAGAAGUCGAAACAUGUUUCAAGAUCAGCUAGUCUUGAGAGUGUUUCACCAGAUGAUCAUGUCUUAGAGAAAACUGUACCCAGACCUCCUAGUCCCCAGAGAUAUUCUCAAGUGCCUAUUAGUGAAUGGGAAAAGCCUUCAUCACCUCUUCGCAAUGGCUCCUGUUCACCUCUUUCUCCGACUACACCUCCUAUGGCAAGAAGUAAAUUAAGUCCUCUGAGGCAUCGGGUUGAACAUCACGAUCAUUUACUGCAUUAUUCACCUCAUAGGGAACGUUCUCCUAUUAUUAGCAGUACAAGCAGCAGACGCCGUCAGAAAUCAUCAACUCCUCGGACACCAUCCAUCCCAUACCAUGAGACUGUCACAAUUGAAUCUGACAAUGACGAUUACGAUCGCUCUAGAAGGGAUUAUUGGCAAGAACCCCACAGGAUGAAUGAUAUUAUGAUUAUAUCAGACUCACCUGUUCACGAGUCUCGAAUGCGUGACUACAGUCCGCGACGGCAUCGCAAGCGCAGCCCGCAUAGACGUAGGAGCCGUGAAAGGGAACGCCAUAGGGAUCAUCGUGUACAUAUUCGGUCAAAUAGUCGUAGUUCAAUGAAGCGUCGACGUUCGAUGUCGCGCUCUCGUCGCCGGUCAUCGUCACCGCCGAGACAUAGGCCGAGGCAUAAGGACCCCAGUCGGGAUAGGCAUAGAAGCAGACACGAUUCCCCGAGUCCACCAACAGUACUCCAACGUAGAAUAGACUUCAAGGAGAAAAUCAGUGAUACAAGUCUAUUUGCUGAACUUGUCAAGGACAAACAUAAACGGGCAAAGAAACUGCAGGAGAUUCUAAACCAGAAGGAAGAGGAAUCUCAAGGUGCCAUAUCCAGUACAGCAUCUAUCAACAACCCGGACAUUCUCACUAUUGAUGAACUUUCCAAUACUGAAACCGAUAGUUUGACACAGGUAUCCAAAGAAAAUGGCGAUUCAAAUAAGGGACAAGAUGUAGUGGACAUUCCAAUGCCGCUCCAGGAAGAGAGCCAGCCACCUUUGCCACUGUCUGAGCCAGAACCACCAUUAAAACCCCCUGAUGAUGUUGUCAUUGCCAACGGAGAUACUGCUAGUAAUGGUUCAGAGAACACAUCUACUCCACCUGUACAAGGUGUAAAACAAAGUAUAGUGGAAAGUGUAGUUUUGAACAGCCAGCAGCCUCCUCUGCCUAAGCCUAAAAGCCUAACUAAACUGCCCAUGCCACCUAACACGCAGGUAGAAGAUCUUAAAACCCUUGCCAAUGACAGUCCACUGAGUACUCCAACAUUAAGCCCUGUCAAGAAACCUGAGAAGCCUAAAAAGACUGGAAUCAUGAAUCUACCCAUGCCACCUGUGAUACCAGGUUCAGAAGAAUUGAGUGGAGAUGAGAUGGAAGGCUCCACACCACCGCCGGUGUCUAACUCCGAUAGGUAUUCACACGUUUUUACAAGGAAGAAUAAUAAGGAUAUACCGUCUGCUGCAAAACUGAAAAGGCCGCGGAUCCUAAAACGGCGUGGGUCAAAAGUUGUCCCCGUCGCAACGAGCACGCAUCAUGCUAAGGAUUGGGGAGAAAAAUGUGUUGAUGGCUUCCAGGUCAUAACCCAAAUAGGUGAGGGUACAUAUGGUCAAGUGUACAAGGCCAAAGAUAAAAACACUGGUCAACUGGUUGCCCUCAAAAAAGUCAGAUUAGAAAAUGAAAAGGAGGGAUUUCCAAUCACAGCCGUGAGGGAAAUUAAAAUCCUCAGACAGCUGAAUCAUAAGAAUAUCGUUAAUUUGAGGGAAAUUGUCACGGACAAACAAGAUGCUAUGGACUUUAGAAAGGACAAAGGCUCGUUCUACUUAGUAUUUGAAUACAUGGACCACGAUCUCAUGGGUCUACUCGAGUCCAAAAUGGUUGAUUUCACCGAGUCCCACAAUGCCUCCAUAAUGAGACAGCUUUUGGACGGCUUGGCUUACUGUCAUCGGAAAAACUUUCUACAUCGGGAUAUCAAAUGCAGUAAUAUUUUGAUGAAUAAUAAAGGUGAAGUAAAAUUAGGCGACUUCGGUCUCGCGCGGCUCUGGUCAGCAGAAGACAGACAGCGGCCAUACACCAACAAAGUGAUCACUCUGUGGUACCGGCCACCUGAAUUGUUACUCGGUGAAGAGCGAUAUGGCCCAUCAGUUGAUGUAUGGUCCAUGGGGUGUAUCUUGGGGGAAUUGUUUCAAAAACAUCCAGUGUUUCAGGCUAACAUGGAAAUGAUGCAACUCGAAAUGAUAUCUCGGGUGUGUGGCACCCCCGUCCCAGGUGUGUGGCCGAAUGUCGUAAAUCUUCCUCUAUGGCACACGUUGAGGCCGAAACGGUUCCAUAAGCGAUGUGUUCGCGAACACUUUGCGUUUAUGCCCGCCGCGGCGUUGCACUUGCUCGAUCGGAUGCUUGAGUUGGACCCGGAUAAGAGAAUCACGGCCGAGGAGGCCUUAAAAAGCGCUUGGUUGAAGAGUGUUGUGCCGGAACAAAUGCCAGCACCAGAAUUGCCGACAUGGCAAGACUGUCACGAGCUGUGGUCCAAACAGCGCCGGCGUCAGCAAAGAGAACAGGAGCAGGGCAAGUCCAAGUACUCCGAAGACAAAGACUUCAAACAAAAUGAGUCCUCUAAUCAAUCUGACUCUAGCUACAAAAGUGAAUAUAAAUCAGACUUAAGGCCUGAACAGACACAGGAGGCUGGACAAGUUAAAUAG